UGACCAAACACAAAAUUCUGUCAUCUAGCAAGUACAUCCAAUCAAAUCCAGUCCCCAAAUACACUGCAUUUUAAUCAUAUUCAACCAAACACUCACCGUUACAAAUGAAUUAGCACUCACCAUGACGCGUGCUUCAAGAUUUCCAUAAACCAUCAAUUGAAAAAUCGCAAUUGAAUCCAAACCAAAUCCCAUUUAUUCAUUCACCCCACCUACAGCACACUCAAACUUCUCCGUCUCUAUCUUCUCCUCUUCUCUGUAACCCCCAACCCUAACCCUACAAUGCGAUCCCCUUCGUUCGCUACCUGAGACCCUCCAAUGGCGGCCCCAAUUCCCUGGCUACCAUCUCGGCAAUCUCCUCGUCGUCUCCUCGUGGGUGGCAAUCACACCUCCUCCCGCUUUUGCACCCGCUAAUCCCCACUUUUCCCUCCUUUCUGGCUUUCAAAUCUCUCUGCAAAUCCCUAAUUAGGGUUCCGAAAUCAGAAAUGAGCCCAAUUAGAUCCCUCAUCUUCAAAAUCCUCACCGCCGCCGCUGCGGCCACAAUGGUUGCUCUUCUAAUCUUCGAUCUGACGGCCAUGAUCAGCUCCAGCGGCUGUGAUUUUCCUCCAUCAGGCCCCAAUGCGUGCCCCGCCGACCUCGACGCCGCGUUCCAAGAGCUUGAGAAGAGCGGCUGGAUCCCCGCCGGCGGCCGAGCAAUAUCUGUCGGGCCAGAUCCCGGCGGCGCAGCCGCCAAGGCAGCGAUGGAGCGGCUCGGAUUCUCCACCGUUGUCGUCGCCUCCGCCACCCGGUGUUGCGGCUUGCCCUUCGACGACGCCUCCUUCGACUUCGCCUUCUCCGCCGCGCUGGACCAGGUUCGCGUGCCGGCCCGGGUGAUUCUCGAGAUGGAGCGCGUGAUCCGGCCUGGUCGGGUCGGCGUGGUCUACAAGAUCCGGUCCAGUCCGGUUCGACCGGAUGGGCUGAUGAAAGCUGCCGCGCCGGUGGCUUCUCUCCUCCGCUUAUCUGAUGUGAUCGGCGCCCGAUUCGUUAACGGAUCUGGGUUAGUUGUUUUCAAGAAGCGUCUCGCCGGCUUGGCCAUCACCGGUGCUGAUCUCAGCUCCGGGUAUUGUGAGGAGAAGAUGAUGAAAAUGCCCUCGCUAUUGGCAGAUAUUACAAAGGCUAUGAUGGCUAGCUUCGUCUUCGAAACUUCAGCUGCUGCAACCUCUGGUGUGUCAUUUGGUCAUGCGGCAUAUUAUUUUUUGUGGAGAUCCUCUUCAUGGAGGUUCAUUGCUGGAGAAAGCUAGGAACCAUUUGAAGUGGUUGAAGGUUUACAUGUCCACCCUUUGGCUAAUAGCUUCUAGUUAUCUAUCUGCUUGCCAUUGGGUACUAGUAGCUCAAAAAUUGGUGUUGCUCUUUGUAUCAUGGUGGAUAUCAUUCUUUUGAU